AUGUCUUUGAAGGAUUUUUAAGUUCUCUCGAAAUUAGGUAUUGUAAUGUAAAACUAGCAAUUUUUAGGAGAAGGAGCAUACUCGUCAGUCUACAAAGUAAAAAGAUUGGAAGAUGGUCACAAAUAUGCUUUGAAGAAGGUAAAAUUGCAGAACCUGAAUGAUAAAGAGAAGUAGAAUGCAAUGAACGAGGUUCGCAUUUUAGCAUCAGUUAAGCACCCUAAUAUAAUUUGUUAUAAGGAAGCCUUUAUUGAUUUAUAGAGUAAUUCAUUAUGUAUAGUGAUGGAGUUUGCUGAUGGAAGUGAUUUGUAUCAAAAUAUUAUGAAUAGUAAAAAGAGCAACAAACCUAUCGAAGAGUAGAGAAUUUGGAAUAUUUUGAUCUAAAUCGUGAGAGGUUUGAAAGCACUGCAUGAAUUGAAAAUCCUGCAUAGAGAUUUGAAGAGUGCCAACAUAUUUUUAUCUCAAAAUGGAGAUGUGAAGUUAGGAGAUAUGAAUGUCUCAAAGGUGGCAAAGAAGGGAUUGCUUUACACUUAGACUGGAACUCCCUUCUACGCUAGUCCUGAAGUGUGGAAGGAUCAACCUUAUGAUCAAAAGUCAGAUAUCUGGAGUUUGGGAUGCGUAAUCUAUGAGAUGUCAGCAUUGAAUCCUCCAUUCUAAGCAUAAGAUAUGGAUGACUUGUAUAAGCUAGUAAUACGAGGAUUCUAUCCAAAAAUACCUCAGCAUUACUCUCAAGAUCUCAAUAAUGUAAUAAGAUCAAUGCUGUAAGUAAAACCAAAUCUAAGACCUAAUUGUGAUAAACUCUUACAAUUUCCUUCAAUAUUAUAAAGAUAAGAGGAAAUAUCAUAAACAGAAAAAGUAGACAGUGAACCUAAUACUUUGUUAUCGACAAUCAAAUUUCCAAAGAACUACCAUUACUUUACAUCUAUAUUACCCAAGCCUUGUUAUGAUUUUAUGAAUAGGAAACAGAUAAAGUCGCUUCAUUCACAACAGGCUAGUCCGAAUCCUCGAUCAAUAAUGAGUGUGAAUGGUAGUUACGAGGAUGUUACUAGUUAGAAGUCGAUAGAGAAGGGAGGGGUUAAUGUAGUUAAUCGAAAGCCUUAGCCUGAAGUUCUUAUGAUACUCGAAUACCAGAACAAACAAAUUCGAAAACCAAUAAUGAAGAUUCGACCGAAUAGACAUUCUAGUCAAGAGGAGGUGAGUUUAUUGGAUGUGAUCACUCAGCAGUAAUCUAAGAUCUCAUUGGAAAAUCAAAAGCUUCCUAUACUGGAGGAGUUAUCUCCAAAUAAACGCAAGAUUAGACCGAACAAACAUAGGAAUCAAAGUUUGCCUAAUGCUAAUCUACUCCCACUUAUUUAAGCUGGUGUUUUAAAAUGA